AUGGAACCACUACCUUUAGAACGACUUCAACCGUCACCAGCGUUUUCGUACUGUUCAGUAGACCUCUUCGGACCUCUUACAAUUAAGGAUACCGUUAAGGGGCGAACUCACGGAAAAGCUUAUGAAGUGUUGUUCAACUGCAUGAGCAGUAGAGCUGUAUAUGUAGAUCUUGCUGAUGGAUACGAUACCAGUAGUUUCAUAAUGGUCUUACGGCGAUUUACAUCUAUUAGAGGAUAUUCGGAGAAAAUAAGGUCGGAUCUUGGAUCACAACUAGUAUCAGCUAGUAAAGAACUAAAGGAAGUAGUAAAAAGAUGGCAUUGGGAUACGAUCAAAAUGUUUGGGAACGGUAAUGACAUGGAAUGGGAAUUCACGAAAGCAGCUGACGCUCCUUGGGAAAAUGGAUGCAGUGAAUCAUUGAUUAAAUCUGUGAAGAAAAGUUUGAGUCUUGCCAUUGGACAAUCAAUCUUGAUAUUUUCUGAACUACAAACCGUGUUAUUUGAAGUAGCCAACAUUUUGAAUGAGCGACCUAUAGGAACUUCAACGUCUGAUCCGAACGAGGGGACAUAUUUAUGUCUGAAUGAUCUUAUUCUCGGAAGAGCAUCUUCGAAUGGGCCAGUAGGACAUUGGGAUGAAUCAGACAAUUUCAAAAAAUGUUGGAAAUGCGUGCAACUUCCUAUAUCUAACAAGUAG